GCCGCCCGGAAACGGAAGUCAACCCGGGUGGGCGCAGCCUGGCGCAGGCGGGAGAAGGGAGAGGAGUGACUUCCGUUUGUCGGAAGUUGCUCCUCCCCCUUCCUUCGCUUCCCUUCCUUGAGAUUGGUUCUUAGCACUGGGCCCCGCCUCCUCCGGCCACGCCUCUCGCAGCCGCUUUUCCCGCCUCCGCCGGGGCCGAGCGGCGGUCCCGCUGACAGUUGAGGAUGGCCGGGGCGGAGGGGUCCGCGGGGCGGCAGUCGGAGCUGGAGCCUGUGGUAUCGUUGGUCGACGUACUAGAGGAGGACGAGGAGCUGGAGAAUGAAGCGUGCGCCGUGUUGGGCGGCAGCGACUCCGAGAAGUGCUCCUACUCGCAGGGCUCAGUGAAGAGACAAGCACUCUAUGCCUGUGGCACCUGCACCCCGGAGGGAGAAGAACCGGCAGGAAUUUGCCUAGCCUGCAGCUACGAGUGUCACGGGAGCCAUAAACUCUUUGAGCUCUACACAAAAAGAAACUUUCGUUGUGAUUGCGGAAACAGCAAGUUUAAAAAUUUGGAAUGCAAAUUAUUUCCUGACAAAGCAAAGAUAAAUUCUGGCAAUAAGUACAACGACAACUUCUUUGGAUUGUACUGCAUUUGCAAGAGACCUUAUCCUGAUCCUGAAGAUGAGAUUCCGGAUGAGAUGAUCCAGUGUGUAGUCUGUGAAGACUGGUUCCAUGGAAGGCAUCUUGGCGCCACUCCGCCCGAGAGCGGGGAUUUCCAGGAGAUGGUGUGCCCGGCUUGUAUGAAGCGCUGCCCCUUCCUGUGGGCGUACGCUGCGCAGCUGGCAGUAACCAAAGUAUCUGCGGAGGAUGAUGGGUUGGUGCUGAACGUUGAUGGAAUAGGUGAUCAGGAAGUCCUCAAACCUGAAAAUGGAGAUCAUCAAGACAGUACCCUCAGAGAGGAUGUUCCAGAACACGGAAAGGAUGCGGUCAAGGAAGUUAACGCAGAGCAGAGUAACGAACCAUGUACCAGCUCUAGUUCUGCAUCUGAUCUCCAGACAGGACUUAAGAAUCAACAUCUCAACCCAGAAUCACAGUCUGGCUGCAAACUUCAAGAGCUUAAGGCUAAGCAGUUUAUAAAGAAAGACACAGCCGCCUACUGGCCCCUGAACUGGCGUAGCAAGUUAUGUACCUGCAGAGACUGUAUGAAAAUGUAUGGCGACCUCGACGUGCUGUUCCUGACGGAUGAAUAUGACACGGUUCUGGCUUACGAAAACAAGGGCAAGGUCGACCAGGCAGCUGACAGGAGAGACCCGCUAAUGGACACCCUUAACAGCAUGGACAGAGUCCAGCAGGUGGAACUUAUUUGUGAAUACAAUGACUUGAAGACUGAACUUAAAGAUUAUCUCAAGAGAUUUGCUGAUGAAGGCACGGUUGUUAAGAGAGAGGACAUCCAGCAGUUCUUUGAAGAGUUUCAGUCAAAAAAGCGGAGGAGAGUGGACGGGAUGCAGUACUACUGCAGCUAGAGGGGACGGUGGCGCCUGCCCAUCCGGGCCAGCGCCAAGGCCACUUACUGUGCCGGGAAUAAAAGAGGCGUGUCUCACAUCUGGUCCUGUUCCGGCCUCCCCUUGGAGAGGCCCCCCCCCCCCUCGCCCUUGAGCUUCCUUUCCUCCUUAACCGCUGUCGCCGCAAUGUUUGUGCUGAUUUCACAACGGCACCCCCGACUCCAACUCCGCUGUUGCAGCUCAUUCCAGACUGCCGGCCGCCGGCGGACUGCUAGACAACCCCCAGGUCAUUCGCUUAGAAGUUUUAAGAAGUUUGAUUUGGUUUUGAGACAGUAAAUUACUUGGUUUUUGUUUUUGUUUUUUUCCCUAACGAUUUGUUCUUUAACUUCUGGACGUGUCUACUCUGCCACAGAGCUCUUCCGCCCUGGGCCCCCUCAGGCCGGGGCCUGGCGGGAGCGGCCUUCCUGGCCGCCGCAAGCCCUCCAGGGCCCUCACCCCUCCGAUCGUGGUGCCUUGGGUCAGAGCUGCCUCAGGCCUGGUCUGCCUCUCCUGCCACAUCCGAGCUUGGGCGAGUGUGGUGGCGGCUCAGAGGGCGUCUCCAAGGUCGCCUGCCCUGGGCCCGACCCCCGGCAGAGUCAGGGCUGAUGGUUUUCUUGGCUGGACGUCGGUCACGAGCAGGGAGAGUGGCCGAUGGCGGGACUGAGGAAGCCAGCCUUUGUUACGAUUUUUACUAAUAAAGUGACAACUUCACUCACAACUCCACUGGCACUAGAAUACUAGCAUUUCGGUACUGUCGUGCUCCCUGGGCUUCCGGCGGGAAAUUCGCCAGUGUCCUAGCCCCUCUUCUGCUGCCUAGAAAACAGACCGGGUACGACCCUGUGAAAUCUUAGUGGUUUACAAAGUCCUCUGGAUUUCUUUACCUUAUCAGGGAUAUUCAUAAGCAUAUAUUAAAAACGGACCUAUUUUGAUAUUCUGUUAUGAAAAUGUUAUUAGAACCCCAAUAAAUUAUUUUCCCCUUAAAUCUGUGCUGAAGGCGAAAACAGAACCGGUUUAGCUCACGUGUAGCGCAGAGCAGGGAGGGCCCUGGUGAGGAAGAGGCUCCGAACAAGGCCCCCGGGGCCCCGCGUGUUGAGCUUCAUGUAAAUAAAUGUUCGAGUCCGCAGCCGGCUAACGACCACGAGACCGGCUUCUGAAGAACCUUGUGGAAUGCUGGGUUUAAGGGGAAUGUUGGGUUUCAGUUGGUAAGAAGUCUCUUUCCAGCCCUCGGCCUGUGCGGGAAACACCUUUGAUAAACCCAGGCCUCAGUUGCUCUCCCGCUGGAGCAACACGGUCUCUCCUGACAACAGGGGACACACCUCAAGUAUGUGACCCUAAGCACCGGAGGCUUUGGGGCCACACGUGUACACUGAUUUUCCUUUGUGUGUGCAGCCGCUGCAUAGGCCUGUCCCUGGAGGCGAUGACCCGGCCUGCAGGACGGCAGGGCCUCCAGGACAGCGGCCGCCCUGUGGUGGUCUGCGUCUGCACCAGGUUCCUGAUGGCACAUCCCCACGAAGAGGGCUGCGUGGGGCCGCAGGAGGUGCUCACGUGCCCUGAGCUGGCCUUGCGGGAAAGCGAGGUGGAGACGCCGGGGCCUCCUCGAGGUCGUCCCCAGUCCCCAGCUCGGGGACCCUCUUCGAAGCCCGAGGAUCCCUGAGCACCCGCUGUGGUUGCGCUGGCAUGUCGCUGUGGCCGGAAAGCGGCUGUCUCCUCCGACGUUUGCUUUCACUGCCAGGACGUCCCUUGCUCUGAUGACGGGUCAGGACCGGGUCUCGGAGGCGACGCCUGACCGCGCAGCGCGGUAACACGCCUCACGCAGGGCUGAAGGGCUCGUUGAGAAAGGUACUGCUCCUCCUUUUACAUUAACCAGAAAACCUCUUUUCUUUCCGUCUGUGUUCACACCCAGUUUUCUUACUGACCGUAACGGACCGUCUCUUCUCGUAGAGACUGAUUUUGGCCAACACGCGGCAGUUGAUACGGAUGCAUGUUUUAUGCCGAACGAGAAUAUGAUCUUAGUUGCUUUUAAGGAAUUCUGGCCUCGUAUGUGCAUUUUUGUAGACUUGUUACUGGACUUACAAUUAUACACUUCAAUCAGGUUUCCGUAAAAUUUAAAUAAAACCAGUUCCACAAAA